AUGGCGCACUACUACCCGUCGGGCGUGUCGUCGGUCGGCAACUUCGACUCGCUAGAUGUCGAGAUCAGAUCGCUGGCCGAGGGAAUGGUACACAAACCUCACCAUCGAGAAUCGCGAUACAUUUUCGACCACACCUUUGACGACGAGUUUCGAGAAGAGCAUGAGGACGAAUACGACUAUGAUAUGCUGCGGAAGACGUCUUUUGAGAACCCCGACGUCAACCCUUACGUGGAGGCCAGUGCGGAGCCGGAGCUGGAUCCCUGGUCGGGCGAGUUCAACUCGCGAAAGUGGAUCAAGACCGUGCUGGGUCUCAAGGAGCGAUUUGGAAACAGUAAGGGAAUCACGGCCGGCGUGUCGUUCAAGAACCUGGGUGCCUACGGGUACGGCAGUCGCAGUGACUACCAGAAGACGUUUCUCAACGUCAUUGUGGCCACUGGAGAUUUGCUGCGAAGUGCUAUUGGCGCUAAACGGACAAGCAAAAUCCAGAUUCUGCGCAAGUGCGAUGGACUGGUGCUUCCAGGUGAAACCUGUGUAGUUCUGGGACGUCCCGGAUCAGGAUGCACUACAUUUCUCAAGAGUAUUGCUUGCGAGACGUACGGAUUUCAUGUGGAGGAAGAGACACAAUGGAACUAUCAGGGCGUACCACGAGAUGUCAUGACAAAGCAUUGCCGAGGAGAAAUUGUCUACAAUGCUGAACACGAUAUCCAUUUCCCUCACUUGACGGUCGGACAGACCCUCAUGUUUGCGGCUCUAGCCCGAACUCCCCGAAACCGAGUGCUGGGAGUGACCCGAGAGCAGUAUGCUCGUCACACCCGAGAUGUUACCAUGGCCACUCUCGGUCUGUCUCACACAAUCAACACCAAGGUUGGAUCCGAUCUAGUGCGUGGAGUCUCCGGUGGAGAGAGAAAACGAGUCUCUAUUGCCGAGUCCGUCGUCUGCGGAGCGCCUCUACAGUGCUGGGAUAACUCCACUCGAGGUCUGGAUGCUGCGAACGCCACCGAAUUCAUUCGAUCUCUGCGACUUUCCGCCCAGAUGACAGGCGCCUCCAUGUUUGUGUCUCUGUACCAGGCUUCCCAGGAGGCCUACGACAUGUUCGACAAGGUGUGUCUGCUGUACGAGGGACGACAAAUCUUCUUCGGUAAGGCCGGAGAGGCCACAUCAUACUUUGAGGGUCUGGGAUUCGAGCGAGCCCAUCGCCAGACCACUGGUGAUUUUCUGACCUCCCUUACAAACCCUGUCGAGCGAAGAAUCAAGGCUGGAUGGGAGAAGCUCGUGCCUCGAACUCCCGAGGAGUUUGAGUCUCGAUGGAGAUCGUCCCGAACACACGCUCUGUUAGUUUACAACAUCGACCGAUUCAAUACCACUCAUCCUCUUGGUGGUCAGGGUUAUGUCGAGUUCAUGAAGCUCCGAAAGGAGUCUCAGGCCCGAAAUACCCGUCUGUCGUCGCCAUAUCUGCUCUCCUGGCCCAUGCAGGUUCGUCUGUGUCUCUGGAGAGGCUUCUUGUUGGUGAGAGGAGACUUGUCCAUGACGCUGAUGACCAUCAUUGGUAACUUCAUCAUGGCCCUCAUUCUGGCAUCAAUGUACUAUAAUUUGCGAGAGUCGACUGAUGCCUUCUUCUCGCGAUCUGCCCUGCUUUUCUUGGCCAUGUUGCUGAACGCUAUGGCCUCCGUUUUGGAGAUUUUCGUGCUGUACGGACAGCGACCACUGAUUGAGAAACACAAACGAUAUGCAUUGUACCAUCCCUUUGCAGAAUCAAUCGCGUCAAUGUUGGUUGAUUUACCGACCAAACUGGCAACUCUGAUUUCAGUCAACCUCGCUCUUUACUUCAUGACUAACCUGAGACGAACCCCGGGUGCCUUCUUCAUCUUCCUGCUCUUUUCGUUCACCUGUACCAUGGCAAUGUCCAUGAUUUUCCGGUUCACUGCUUCUGUCACCAAGACUAUGGAACAGGCUCUGGCCCCCGCCUCUGUGCUAGUUUUGGCACUGGUUAUUUACACUGGUUUCACGCUUCCCGUCGAUUACAUGCAUGGAUGGGCCCGAUGGAUGAAUUACCUCAAUCCUGUUGCUUAUGCGUUUGAGGCAGUAAUGGUGAACGAGUUCCGAAACAGAAGGUUCCCUUGUGGACUUUACGUUCCUUCCCGGUCUUUCUACAACUCUGUGCCCGCUGAGUCCAAGUCUUGUGUGGCUAUCGGCGCCAAGCUCGGCCAGGACUACGUCGAUGGCUCCGUGUUCAUCAGCACGGCCUACAAGUACGAGACUGGACACCUGUGGCGAAACCUGGGCAUUCUGUGGGCCUUUGCUGGCUUUUUCUGCGGCGUCUACCUGCUUGCUGCCGAGUACGUGACCAUGGCCCAGUCCAAGGGUGAGGUUCUGCUGUUCAAGCGAUCCCAGCAUCGAAAGAACCUCAAGGCCAAGCCUGACAAGCGAUUCCAAGACGUUGAGCUUGGAGACAACCUCGGCGACCACAACUUGGACCAAAACCUCGGCGACAACCACUCGACGUACUCUUACCAGCAACCCAUCCAGGCUCAGAUUCCCCCUUCUCGGUACGCCCAGCAGGCUCCCAUGACUCCCGCUCCUAUGAUGCAUGUCCCCAUGACUCCUGGUGGCAUGCUUUCUCCCGGUCAGCAAAUGUUCUCUCCCGGUCAGCAAAUGAUGACGCCUGGUCCCAUGUCACCCGCAGGCAUGAUGACUCCCGGUUUUACAUAUGUGCCCCCCCAUGGAGACACUAUUCACCAACCGCCUACCGUUGGAGACGACAUCAACUACACGACUCCCGCGCCCCAGGUGAACUUCACCCCUGCCACUCCAGCUCAGUACACUACUCCCGCCACCCCAGCUCAGUACAACACUCCUGGCACCCCUGGUAUUACUGGUGGGUACGAGCCCCCUCAUGGAGACACUGUUCACAUGCCCCCCACAGUUGGUGAUGACACAAACUACAUUCCCACCAAGGUUCGCACCAACCUGUCUCUCAACUCGUCCAAAUCUAACUUGCAGCACUCUGGAGUGUUCCAAUGGACCGAUGUUUGCUACGAUAUCAAGGUUGCUGGUGAGAACAAGCGAUUGCUGGACCAUAUCGACGGUUACGUGAAGCCCGGUACCCUCACCGCUCUCAUGGGAGCUUCUGGUGCUGGAAAGACUACUCUUCUUGAUGUGCUGGCUGAUCGAAAAUCCACUGGUAUUGUUCAUGGAGACAUGUUGGUCAAUGGCCAGCAGCGAAACGCCUCUUUCCAGCGAAAGACCGGAUACGUUCAACAGCAGGAUUUGCAUACUGCCACUGCCACUGUUCGUGAGUCUCUCGAGUUCUCAGCUCUGUUGCGACAGCCCUCUUCUGUGUCUCGAGCUGACAAGCUGGCUUACGUCGAUGAGGUCAUUUCUAUUCUUGAGAUGGAUUCUUACGCUGAUGCCGUUGUUGGUGUUCCUGGUGAAGGUCUUAACGUGGAACAGCGAAAGCGUCUGACUAUCGGCGUCGAGCUUGCUGCCAAGCCCGAGCUGCUGCUUUUCCUGGAUGAGCCUACCUCCGGUCUGGAUUCCCAGACUGCUUGGUCUAUCGUCUCUCUGCUCAAAAAGCUGGCUGCCAACGGUCAGGCUAUCCUGUGUACCAUCCAUCAGCCCUCUGCCAUUCUGUUCCAAGAGUUUGAUCGACUUCUGUUCCUGGCAGCCGGUGGAAAGACAGUGUACUACGGAGACCUCGGUGAUAAGGCGUCUCUGCUCAUUGAAUACUUUGAAAGUAACGGUGCUGACCCUUGUCCUGAUAACGGUAACCCUGCCGAAUGGAUGCUGGAGGUAAUUGGUGCUGCUCCUGGUUCCCGGGCCAAGAAGGACUGGCCCUCAGUCUGGCGAUACUCCCAGCUUCGACGACAACAGCGUGAGGAACUCGAUGAUAUGCGUCUUGCAUUCAACGCUGACUCUCAGGCAGCUCUUGCAGUUGGAGGAGAAGACACUGAUUUCGCCGUGUCUCAGUGGACCCAGCUGUACUACGUUACCAAGCGACUGCUGCAGUUCCACUGGCGAACUCCCUCCUAUCUGUGGUCCAAGAUGACUCUGUGUAUUGGUUGUGCUCUGUUCAUUGGUUUCUCCUUCUACAAGUCGGCUCGAGACAUUCAGGGUCUUCAGAACCAAAUGUUUAGUAUUUUCCUCAUGUUCCUGAUUUUCACCACAGUUGCCGAGCAGAUUAUGCCUCUUUUCAUGAUUCAGCGAGACUUGUACGAGGCUCGAGAGCGUGCUUCCAAGACUUACUCGUGGCAGGUGUUCCUCGGCGGAAAUAUGCUCGCGGAGCUUCCCUGGCAGAUUAUCGUGGCGGUUGUCGUCUUCUUCUGCAUGUACUACCCCAUUGGAUUCUAUCGAAUUGCGGCUGAGAACCACCAGACACAGGAGCGAGGAGCUCUCUACUUCCUCUUCCUGCUGGUCUUCUUCAUUUACGACUCUACCUACGCUCACAUGAUUGGUGUCAUGUUCAACAACCACGAGACGGCAGCCAACUUUGCAUACCUGCUCUUCUCCUUCUGUCUUAUGUUCUGUGGUGUGCUGGCCACGAAGGAGUCCAUGCCUGGAUUCUGGAUCUUCAUGUACCGAGCGUCGCCUCUGACAUACUUCAUUGGCGGUUUCAUGGCCACUGGUUUGGCCGGAGGAAAGGUGACAUGUUCGCAACAUGAGAUUUUGCAGUUCAAGCCUCUCAAGGGCAACUCUUGUGCACAGUACAUGAAACCCUUCCUGGACAAUGCUGGCAUCUUCAAGGGCUACCUGCUCAAUGAAACUGCCACCGACAUGUGUCACUAUUGCCCCAUCGAGAACGCUGAUGCCUACCUCGACAAUGCCUCCAUUUUCUAUGGAGACCGAUGGCGAAACUUUGGCAUUGUGUUUGCCUAUCCCAUCUUCAACGUUUGUGCCACCUUUAUGCUCUACUACGUUCUUCGAGUUCCUGGCGUGCGAUACAAGAUUGCGUCCAAGGUCCGAUGGCGACGAAAGAAGCAGUAA